AUGGACUCCGUGCUUGUGGGUGGGGAGGACGAGGAUGAUGAGGAGGAGGAACAGCAGGAGGAGGAGGACAUAAAGUACCAGGAGAUAAUGAAGGAAGUGGAGGAGGGUGAGAAAGCGAAGGAGAAACGCAUCGAGUGGAACCGCUUCUUGAUUGAUCCCUUGGCCAGCUUCGCGACCCAGAACAAGUACUUGGAUUUCCUGAAGGACGCUGUGGUCUAA